AUGAGUCAGCAGCCAGACCAACAACAGAAUGGACAGCUCAAUCAGCAGCAGCCACAAAGCCAGGCAGGUCAGCAAGCCAGAAUGAACUUCCAAUCGAUUCACCAGCAAGCACGCCAAUUAUUCAAUCAAUACAGUAUUGAGAAGAAGGCUGCAGAGACUGCGGGUAUUAACACUCCGGAAGGUCAGGCUCAUAUGCGGAAAGCAGAGAAGAUAAAGACCUUGUUAGUCACCUAUUCCAAAAAACAGAAGUUACUACAACAACAGCAACAAAAUCAGGCUCAGGCUCAGGCCCAAGCUCAAGCACAGAUGCAAGGUAUGAGUCAGCCACAGCAGCAAGCACAAAUUCCAGUUCCAAUACAGUCUUCGCCUAUGCCUAUUCCAGACGCAAUCACUAAUAAUGUCUCUACUAAUAUGAUGAACACAGCGGCAUCUUCUCAGCCUACCCCCCAUCCCCAGGAUAGCAUGAAUAUGUCACAACAAAAUCUUAUUAAUGCUUCAUAUAACAACAAAAAUACUGGGAAUAAUAAUAGCACUGCCAACAAUAAUGGUGGAAAUGGCCCUUCUCAAUACGAUGCUGUCACAUUAUCUGCAGCUCAACAGCUGCAACUGAAGAAGCAACAACUUUUGAAUAAAUACCAAGAGAUCAUAACAUUGUCAGAACAAUUCAAGAAAAAUAUGGCCCUGAUUCAAAAGAGGUUGGGUGAACCCAAUGUUGACGAUACCACAAGGACUCAUCUUUUGGAAAAAGAGCACGAGGUGAGAACAAGAUUAGAGAAUUGCAAGAGAUGCACAGUUCAAAUUGCUACACAAUUGAAAUUUGCUCAGCAGCAAGCUCAGCAGUUAAAGCAGCAAAACCGUGCUCAAACGUCUUCUCCACAACUUCAACAAAUACAACAAACACAAUCAGGCAUCCCGAAUGCAGGCCUAAAUCGGGCUCAAAGCAUGGGGAAUACACCUCAGAUUUCUACGCCUGGUACACUUAACUCAGGCGCAUCUUUUUUCAAUAAUGAAAAUACUCCCGUCACAGAUGAUUUAUCAGCUGCUAAUAUGAAGCUAAAUGCGGUAGCAGGAACUACGGCAGCAACCGGCUCAGCUGCAAGCUCUACUUCAGGAAAGGCUGCAAAAGGAAAAAGUGAUGAAUCGUCGUCUCCUGCGGCCCAGAAAAAGGCAGCUGCCAAGAAACAAAAUUACAAAGCGGACAACAAAAGAGCCUCCAACACAAUUGAUGAUGGAAGUAAUAAGAAACAAAAGACUGCUGUUACUGGAAGCAGUGGUGGCUUUCAAAAUGGCGAUAUACCUGGUAAAGCUGGUAAGACUGCCCAACCGCCAACUUCUGCAGCUUCAUCGAUUACCGAUGGGGAUCGUGCUAAGUUUCAAAAUUUGAAUAUCCCAGACGAUUUGAAGAUAAGGACCCAAGAUCCGGUUUCUGUUAAAGUCAACAAUCGUCCUAGUUUACUGGGUGGAAAUGCGAUAAGUGCGUCUGCUUUGAGUAAUCCAGUGCUGGUCAAGCCGGAGCAAUUCCAGCUUGAAGGAGAACGCGUGCUAAACAAGAGAAAGUUGAAGGAAUUAGUUGCUUCUGUUGCAAGUGAAGAAGGCGAGACAGAAAUCAACAUUGACGGUGACGUUGAAGAACUGCUGUUGGAUCUUGCAGAUGAGUUUGUCACCUCUGUUACUUCCUUUGCCAGUAAAUUGGCUAGACACAGACAUUCUGAAAACUUGGAUGUCCGUGAUGUUCAGCUUCAUCUUGAAAGAAACUGGAACAUUCGUAUUCCUGGUUAUGCUGCCGACGAAAUUCGUAUGAUCAGAAAAUUUGUUCCUAACAGUGUUCACAACUCUAAGCUGAACGGUGUCUUUAUCAACAAGAGCGUUGAUAAAGCUUCAUAA